CAGGGCAGCAAGGACGGCACCAAGGGAGUUGCCCCAUGGACAGAGCCCCACAGAGACACCACCAAGCCUCGCAGGAGCUGCUGGCUGCAAAGAAGACCCACACCUGUGAGUAGAGAGUUGGGGCAAGAACUGGGGAUGUGGAGAGAUGGCAAGGAAUUCAGCAAGGGCCCUGGGAGGUCCGCGUAAAAGAAAGGCACAUGUGUUGCACAGAGAUGGAGGAGCCAAGCAGAGAUGGCCGGGCCUGGAAGGAGGUGGAGCCUAGAAAAACAGAGGAGAUGCAGAGACGAGGAAAGGAGGGGGAGAGGUGAAGAAGCCUCAAGAUCAGGGCAAUGGGAGGAGAUAAGGAAGAAGCCUGAAGAGUGAGAGGAAACAUUGCAAGAAACAAGGAGAGAACAGUGAGGGAAUCAGGAGAGGGAGGUGCUGGGCAGGGGCACAAGAGAUGCAAGGGAGUGGGUCAGGCCGCUGGUCCAGGGAAAGGAGAGGUGAGGAGGCAGGGGUGCCUCAGGGACUCAGGGAGCCUGCACCAGGCUUUGCGGGCAGCAGAGCCAGGUUUGGUGUUCAUCUCUGUGGUUAACACAUCCCGAGGUGCGAACAAGCCUGGGGGCAGGCUGUGCAGGGCUGGAGAGCAGGAAAGGCUUCAUCUCUGAAGGAAACACAUGGAUAGGAACACUCUGAGUCCUGGGGCCCUGAAAGACUGAGGCUACAGCAUGUGAGAAAGGGGUUAGAGCUCAGGAAGGACUUCCCAAUGGAUACUAGUAAGUAAGCAUCCUCUCUAGGCACCUCUCAGCACAUCAGAUCUCCCCUCCUAGUUUGUGGGAGAGGCUACUCCUCCAGGAAAUGCACCCACUGCUCCUCAGUCCCAAAGCUUGUGUCCCAUCAACGAGCCCUUACCAGCCUGAGGGCACUCUGGGGAAGGCCUUCUAAGCAUAGGUUCCUUGAAUUGAUGAGGACCACUCUGGGGCAGGACAGGCCACCUGCAUUUCUCCAUAACCCUUUCUAGGAUUGCCUCCCAGUUCCUCUUGAGAGCUCACUGUGGCUCCUCCUGCUGCCAAAAUUGCCUAGAGCGCCUUGUUCCAAGCAGAGAGAUCUCAAAGGGCAACAGCAUCACCCUCCUCCCUGAGCUGGUCAGAGCGGGGCUGGGGGGCCACCAAGAUGCUACGUCCUUCUGAGUGGGGGGUUGCUUUGCUCAGCACAAUCCUGAUCGGUACCUCAUCUGCCCCUAGCCACAGGGCCCCACGGAAAUGCUGAGCAGGGCCUCGGGAGGAAAGCGGGUCAAGGAGUGACGCGAGCGAGUUAGAGGGAGGGGGAGCCAGGGACCUUAUGUGGGUGGGGGGAGAAGGGGGACUUUCGGAGCAUCUGGAACUAGAAGAGGCUAAACUCUAUUCCUACCCUUAACCCCUUACCACAGAAACCUCGGCCAGGACCACACCCUGUAUCCCCUCCCCAACCCACUAGCCUUGUGCAACCAUACCCCCAGGCCACCCCCACCCAUGAGUGUCCUCAGUAGGACACAGGCUGACAGCCCUAUUCAAUCCACUGCCCAGCUCCUGAGAGCCCGGGGAAGGCCAGCAGGAAAAGGCCUGCAGGAGGCGGAGGAGCCGUUGGAGUCCCAGCAGGAUGAGAGACCUCUUAGGAGGCUGGCUUAGAGAAUCCAGGAGAUUAAUGCCUCCCCCAGGCCUAGAGGUUCUGAAAAAUGGGCUCUGGAAGGGGGUCCAAGAUAACCCCAAGAAGGGAGGAGUCCAGGAGAGACCCUAAGGCCAAGAGGGGUCCUGAUUACUAAGGGGCCCUGAAGAGGGAACCCUCAGGCUGAGGCACCCCACAGAGCAGAUAUGAGGCUGAGAGGGCCUCUGAAAUUGACUGGUCCCUCAGAAGGACCUUCAGGCCAAGAAACUCUAUAGAGAGGCUCACAUGCCAGGAGACCUCCCAGGCUGAGACACCCUCAUAAGCAGACCUGAACCAGAGAAAUCUUUCCACUCCUCAAGUGGGAUCUGGAGCCAAACUGCCUGAAUUUGAAUCCUGACCCCACUACUUUGCUAGCUAAGUGACCUUGGGGAAGUUACUCAACCUCUCUGUGCCUCACUUUCCUCAUCUUUGAAAUAGGGAUAAUGGCACCUAUCCCAUAAAGUAUUUUGUGAGGAUUAGACAAUCCAUACAAAACAUUAGGAACCAUUUCUGGCAUGUAGCAAGCAUCAUCACCAUCAUCUACUUUCCAAUUUCAGCAGUUUUGCUCCUGGGGGCAUUUCUGAAGGACUAACACCUUCUACUGCUGGUGGCAUUUGUCUGAUGAUUAUUACUGCUACUAUUAUCAUUUACUCCCUAGCUCAGGGCGUGCACCCUGUCGUAGGGAGGGUGUGAGCAUGGUGGGCGGUGGGGCAGCCUCCCAGGCUGCAUUUCACUGAGCACGGCCUUUGGUAGUCCACAGGGUCGCAGAUGGCACACGCCACCGCCCCAGGCAGAUAUUCUGUGACUUACCUUUAGAAACAUCCCUGUCCCUGGAGUCACCUGGCAAAGAGGGUCAGGCUCGGGGGUCCUCAUUGGGGAGGGGGAGUAGGAACCUGGCCCCAGGCUCAUGUGAGCUCCAUUCCUCCCCAGCCAGAACUAACCUGGCGGGUGGAAACAGCUUUUACCGGUGUGUGGCUGUCGCAUGUGGUUUUGGAAUUUUCCAACACCCCCUGUGAUUGGCUGCCCCGCCCCUCACACCCUGCCCCAGGCCCAGAUUGGCCACAUGGGGCGCCUGUCAUCCUACCGCUGCAUCCCAGGGGGGUGGGAAGUGGGGGAGUUGGGGGGGUUGUCACUUGGCCACCUGUAUGGUGUGGAGCUUAAACCCCCCUGCCCAGAAGCACUGGGGGAGAGCUAGGUGCAGAGCUGUGGGCUGAGGCUCUGCUGAGAGGGCCUCGCCCCAACCCAGCUGCCAGCUGCGCCCCAUCCCUGGACCACCCCUGCUGAGAAGGACAGACCGCCCAGGCAGCAAAGCCCACGACUCAGUCAUGAGAACACAAAUCGAAGUGAUCCCUUGCAAAAUCUGUGGGGACAAGUCAUCUGGGAUCCAUUACGGGGUAAUCACCUGUGAGGGGUGCAAGGGUUUCUUCCGCCGGAGCCAGCAAUGUAACGUGGCCUACUCCUGCACCCGUCAGCAGAACUGCCCCAUCGACCGCACCAGCCGAAACCGGUGCCAGCACUGCCGCCUGCAGAAAUGCUUGGCGCUGGGCAUGUCCCGAGAUGCUGUCAAGUUCGGCCGCAUGUCCAAGAAGCAGAGGGACAGCCUGCACGCUGAGGUGCAGAAACAGCUGCAGCGGCGGCUGCAGGAGCAACGGGAACAAGCCGUCAGGACCCCUCCUGCAGGGGCCCAGGGAGCAGACCCCCUUGCCUGCACCUUGGGGCUCCCGGAUGGGCAGCUGCCCCUGGGCUCCUCACCUGACCUGCCUGAGGCCUCGGCCUGUCCCCCUGGCCUCCUGAGAGCUCCAGCCUGUGGGCCCUCCUACUCCAACAGCUUGGCCAAGGCUGGGCUCAACGGGGCCUCGUACCACCUACAAUACAGCCCUGAGAGGGUCAAGGCUGAGGGCGGAGAGGACUUCCUUGGCACCAGUAACCAGCGGGCCCCAGACAGGUGUGGACUCCAUUUUGCGGACCCCAGGCAUCCUGGGCUUGGGGAACCAGGACGGGGUCCGGACAGCUACUGCAGCCCCAGUUUCUGCAGCACCCCAGAGGCACCCUAUGCCUCCCUGACAGAGAUGGAGCACCUGGUGCAGAACGUUUGUAAGUCCUACCGAGAGACGUGUCAGCUGCGGCUGGAGGACCUGCUACGGCAGCGCUCCAACAUCUUCUCACGAGAGGAGGUGGCCGGCUACCAGAGGAAGUCAAUGUGGGAGAUGUGGGAACGCUGUGCCCACCGCCUCACCGAGGCCAUUCAGUACGUGGUGGAGUUCGCUAAGAGGCUCUCAGGUUUUAUGGAGCUCUGCCAGAACGACCAGAUCGUGCUACUCAAAGCAGGAGCAAUGGAAGUGGUGCUGGUCAGGAUGUGCCGGGCCUACAACGCUGACAACCACACAGUCUUUUUUGAAGGCAAAUACGGUGGCGUGGAGCUGUUCCGAGCCUUGGGCUGCAGCGAGCUUGUCAGCUCCAUCUUUGACUUCUCCCACUCCCUGAGCGCCCUGCGCUUUUCCGAGGACGAGAUUGCCCUCUACACAGCCCUCAUCCUCGUCAGUGCCAACCGGCCAGGGCUCCAAGAGAAAAGGAAAGUAGAGCAGCUGCAGUACAAUCUGGAGCUGGCCUUUCAUCACCAUCUCUGCAAGACUCAUCGCCAAGCCAUCCUGGCAAAGCUGCCACCCAAGGGGAAGCUUCGGAGCCUGUGUAGCCAGCACAUGGAAAAGCUGCAAACCUUCCAGCAUCUCCACCCCAUCGUGGUCCAAGCUGCUUUCCCUCCACUCUACAAAGAACUCUUCAGCACUGAAGUCGAGUCACCUGAGGGGCUGUCCAAGUGACCUGGAGGAGAAAUUCCCUUCCCUUCCCUGGAACCUGCUGGAUCACCUCCCUGGACCCCCUCCCACUCUCAGCCUUUUCCUUUCCUUGCCCCCUGGAGGGUGGUCCCUGCCUGUUGUGGGAGGGGGGGCAGGGGCAGGGUGAGCAAAUGCUGAGACUGAUUUUCUGCCUGCAGGCCUGCCUGGCAGCAGGCCAAGGGCCAGAGGGCGGGGAUGGAGGAACAUCGUCUCCAGCCGAAGCUUUGUCCUGGCCCCUUUCUCAGCCCCAUCACCCGCAACUUCUGAGAGGCCUGGGGUGGGAUACAAGGACUUCCAGAAGGACGUAGGUGUCCUCAGGACAGCAGGGGGAUCCAGGGCAUCCUGGACAAAUGGAAGUCAACUGUGUGCUCAGAAGCUACAAAUAGGCCUUUGAAAUACCUCAUUGCAUUUCCCAGGGGGCUUUGGCUGGGGCAAUGCAUGAAGCUCAGAGACUGGUGCCAGAGCCCAGAAGCACCUGCGUAGAACUUGAAUCUAAGUCUUUAGAUUUUCUGUCUUCCCCCUUCCUCCCAGCUCAGCAAGGAAAUGGUUGGGCACCCUGGGGUCUAUAAAAAACUGAAUAUGUGGUGGGUAAGGAUGGGACAGGAUUAAGAGGCUGGGGCUAAUAUUUUUACAGGAUUUGGGUAUAGGGAUGGGUAUGAUGAAGUCCAAGAGGCAGACAAGAGACAGAGAGAGUUAGAACUCAAACCUCUUAUGUGCACUUUAAAAACGGACUUCAGUGUUUACGCAAACCUGAUCACACGUCCACAUACACAUGAAACACAUACAUAACCUGCAGUCAUGAAGCUCAGUAGACACAUUUAAUCUGACACAAUCUCUGCCUUCCUUGAGAUCACAGCUCAGAGGAACUUAGUGGCCUCAAGGAAGUCCCAAUCCUGAGGGACCCCAGAAUAUUUCUAUGGUGUCCCAGUUCACCUAUCUUAGACCUGGGGUGGCGCAAACUCUAACCCAGCCCCAGCUGUCUUCUGUCACAAGAAACCCCAAGAGAAGCAGAGAUGGCUGGACACAGGUCAGUCAGGAGGCCAAGGACAGACCCUCGGAGGACUGUGGGCCCCCUCCCCCAAGCCCUGCUCUUCUCGUGGAGAAAGGAAGCAGACACAAUUCCACCACUCUGUGCCUGUGUACCCCCAACUCCAGGAGAAGGAGGCCUGUUUCUCCAGCCGUGAUCUUGCCCAAGUGCUCUCUUGGCUUUAUAAAAGUAGCUGUGAGCCCUCCUCAGAGGGAUAAACAGCAGGUGGUAGGGAUGGUUGUUUUUUUUUUUUUUUUUUUCCCUUCUUAGGGUAGGGUAAACAGAAACCCCAACCUGUGCAGUUCUUUAUAAAAUGAUUUCAAAGGCAA